AUGUCUGGCAACCUGGGUGGCUACAAUCGGAGGGCACUAGAAGAUCACUAUGGGAGUAAAGUGGCUUUCCUGCUGGCAGUCACUGACAAGCUUGGAAAUGUCGGAUUUCCCAUUUCAGAAUACAAAGGUGGUGACAGCCGUGUUCUUCUAGGAAGAAAGAGAGACCAGGUCUUCUUCCUGGGUUAUACUGAUAAAAGGAAAGGUCAUUAUGAGCACCCUGGGCGUGUAUUUCUGCCUUCAAAAUUUCAGGGUGAUGGUGGAAAUGUGGAGAUGCGAGAUGUUCUCUGGGACCCCUCUGUAAGAUACACACCUUAUGCUAUGCGACAUAAGAACAGAGAGGACCAGCAUAUGGAGGACCAAAUCCAUAUGACAGUGUGGAAAGAUGGCAAAUCUCAAAACAAAGAAGUGAGGGAGCAUGCAGAAGAUGGAAUGCUGAGGAACUGGUUCAAGGUCACGAUCCUGUGUGGCAGAAAGACUGAUAAGACACAGAUAAUGAAAUCAGUCCACAGCCUCUGCAGCGUGCCCUUCACCGCAGUGGAUUUCCAUUGUGACAAACACCGGGUCCGGUUCUUUGUCCAGGAUGCUAGCACUGCCUGUGCAUUGAAGGAUGUUAGCUACAAGAUGUAUGAUGAGGACAGUCAGAAGAUCCCUAUUUUUGUCAAUCCCUCGGAUGUACCCUACUCUGUUCUGAAUAGGUUCACUGGAGAACAAAUGGUGCAGCUAAAGCUGGCCCUGAGGAAAAGAUAUGAUGCUUCCCAACGUGCUCUAAACCUCCAAAAGCUCCACUCUGACCCAGAGUUGGUGCACCAUGGCAUAGACAUGAUUCUGAACCGAAGAAGCUGCAUGGCUGCCACCCUUCAGAUCAUCCAAGAGGAUUUCCCUGAGCUGAUCUCCUUGAACUUGAGCAACAACAAACUGUUCCGGUUAGAUAGCCUGUUUGAUGUGCUAGAGAAAGCACCCCAAGUCAAGAUCCUGAACCUCUCCUCAAACGAGCUAAGAACAGCAUGGGAGUUGGAGAAGAUGAAGGGGCUGAAGCUGAAAAUGCUUUGGCUAGAAGGGAACCCUUUGUGCAGCACCUUCACAGACAAUUCUGACUACAUAAGUGCUGUCUUGGACUGUUUCCCAGAGUUGUCUCACCUGGAUGGCAGGAAGUUGCCACUUUCAAGUGUAAUGGACCCUGAAAAACCUCAGUUCAUGAAGCUCUGCAAGGAAAGCUUUAAGAGUUCUGAGGCCAUAAAGAAUCAAGUACAGCAAUUCCUGCAGGAAUAUUACUUGAUCUACGACUAUGGAGAGCGACAGGGUCUCCUCAGAGUUUACCAUGACCAGGCCUGCUUCUCCCUGACAAUUCCCUUCAACCCCAGUGAUCCAGAUAUGAGUGGCUUGUGUGGGUACUUCAAGAAUGACAUGGACAUGAAGAAUCCCAAGGAGUUCUACCAUCAGAGGCAGUUGCUGAAGUACACAAAACAAGACAUUGUGGACUUCCUCAGGGCGCUACCCAAAACCCUGCAUGCCUUGAGUUCUUUCCAGGUGGACAUGUGUUUUCAGAAGGAUACGAUGCUCUGCUUCUCCGUUAGUGGGUUGUUCAAGGAAGUGGAAGGCAGCUCUCAGGGAUGCAUCCGUGCCUUCAUGCGCACCUUUAUUGCUACACUUGACAGGAGGAGUUCAAACCUGUGCAUUGUGAAUGACCAACUUUUUCUGAGGAAUCCAAGCCCUGAUGAGAUCCACGGUGACUUUGCCAUACCCUUGUCCACAUCAUGCUCCACCUUCAAGCCCGUCCUCUCUCAAGAGCAGCAAAGGAUGGUGUGGGCGUUCUCCAACCAGUCGGGGAUGAAACUCGAGUGGUCUCAGAAGUGCCUUGAGGACAACAAGUGGGACUACACCAGAGCUGCUGAGGUCUUCACUAUGCUCCAGAUUGAGAGCAAGAUCCCAAAGGAAUUCUUCAGACAGAUGACUUAAAAGGAGCGAGCGCCUGGAUGUCAUCUCACUCUUGUACACACUCUCCUUUCCUUGUUUGUUCCUGAAGCUUUGCCCAUGACUCCAGCUGUUAGCCUGGCUGACCACAAGGCCAGAGUUAACAUGUAGGCCAAGUAACACAGCCACCCUGGGGGUCAAUUAGUCUGUGUAUUUUCCCAAAAGAUGUCUGUUUUUUUCAUAAUAAAGAGUUACUUUGCA